UUCACGGAAAUAUAGUAAAUAAAAUAAAAUAGAAAAUUAAGCACGCGCGAUGCUCUCAAUGAAAGCAAUAGAAUGAUUUAAUUUAAUUCUAAAGUAAUUUUAUUUGUUUUAUAUAUGUAUACUUAACCCUUAAAAGUUUUUUUUAUAAAAGUAGACGAAAUAAUAUAGAAAUUACAAUUGUUAAAUUAGAUUAUUAUAUAAGUACGUGUGUAUAAAAUGAAGAAGCAAAUAAUUAGCUGAAAAUCCUUGAAUAUGGGAAAUAUGAGAAAAAUUUCAUCAAAACUAUCAAAUACAAUUGCUGAUACAUUUUAUAGAAUCGGUUAUGCAGUUUCUUGUAAUCCAUGGAAAAGUAUCAUAUUUACAGCUUGUAUUUUUGGUAUUACCUGUUUCGGAUUUUUCAGAUUUGAAAUUCAAAGAGAUCCCUUAGAACUAUGGGUUCCUAAAGAUUCUCAAUUUAUAAAAACCACUAAAUGGGUUCUGAAAAACCUUAAUACUGCCUCACGUAUACAGACUGCACUUUUAACAGCACCAAAUGUAUUGGAACCAUCAGUAUUAAAAAAAUUAUUAGUUAUACACCAUGAAAUCGAACAAGUUCAUGGAAAACUUAAAAAUGGAACAAAUAUUAAGUGGUCUGAUGUUUGCUUAAAAAUUCCUUUUAUAUCACAAAUCAACGCGAAAAGAAGAAAACGAGAAAUAGAUACCGAAAGUAACGAAAAUUCAUUUUUAGAUAUUUUUGGGCUUGGUUCAAUAAUUAAAAAUAUACAAAGAGAUUUUGAGCCUAGUGUUGAUUUACCAUCAAUAAUUUAUUGCAGAUUACUUGACAAUUUACCAAGGGGCUGUUUUGAAAGAAACUUUGUUGAAUUAUUUAAUUAUUCAGAAAAUUUAGAUGAAAAAAUAACAUUAAAUGAUGUUACCAAACUCUUAAAAAAAAAUGAAACACAAAGUCCAGUAACGGGUCAUAUGACAGAUUUUAGUGAACUACUAGGUGGAAUAGAACGAAAUGAAAAGGGUGAAAUUAUUGGCGCUAAAGCUAUCAUUAUUCAAUGGUUUAUAAACUUAAAUUUGGAAGAUGUUGAAAAACAAAAAAUGGGGAACAUGGCUGGAACUGAAAGUUGGAUAACAGAAGAAGCAGCUGUUUGGGAAGAAGCAUUCUUACAAAAAAUGAAACAAUUAAAACUAGUCCUAGACGACGUUGAUGUUAAAGUGUAUUAUAAUGCUGAGAAAAGUUUUGGUGAUAUAAGUCAUGAAGCGUUAUUUCAAGAUACUAACAAAAUAGCAAUCGGAAUCGUCCUGAUGACAAUAUAUGUACAAAUAGUAUUGUCUAAAUUUAAUUGGACUGAAAUAAGGUUCGGGUUAAGUGGGCUGGGGCUAUUUUCAGUUGGUUUAGCUUUUUUCUCAGCUUGUGGAAUAUGUUCCUUUUUCAACAUCAAUUACGGCCCUGUCCACACUUCAUUACCAUUUUUAUUGAUGGGACUAGGUGUUGAUGACAUGUUUGUUUUAAUGGCUUGUUGGAGAAAAAUUCAAUAUAAAGAUCAAGCAAUAGAAGAAAAGGUUGGAUUAAUGGUAAAACAUGCUGGGGCUUCUAUAACCGUUACAUCUCUUACUGAUAUUAUCGCUUUUGUUGUCGGAUCAACAACAGUAAUACCAUCCUUACAAUCGUUUUGCUUAUAUGCAGCUGUCGGAGUUUUCAUGACAUAUUUGUACGUAAUUACAUUUUAUGUAGCAAUUUUUACAUUAGAUGAGUAUCGGAUAAGAGCAAAGCGGAAUUCAUUUGUACCUUUUUUUGUUCAUAAGAGCGAAAAUUUGAAAUACUUCUGUGAUUUGAAUUUAAUGAAUAAAUGUUUAAAUAUUAUUUAUGGGAAAAUCAUUUUAACGAAAUUUGGAAAGAUUAUGGUUUUCUUGACUGCAAUAGCGUUAACAGCAAUCAGUGGUCAAAGUUUACUUAAAAUAGAACAAAAGUUUGAUCCAGCGUGGUUUAUACCAGAAUCUACAUAUUUGAAUGACUACAUUAAAUACUCAAGGCAAUACUUUCCUGAAUCAGGAUACGCGGGUUCAGUAUUUAUGGGAAACCUAAACUAUUCCGCAAUUUUGCCAAAAAUUUACAAUUUAACUAUUGAAAUAGAAAAAAAUAAUAUGUUUCACAAAACAAAAUCUUGGAUUAAACCAUUUCAAGAAUUCGUAGAAAAAAAUUAUAACAUGGAUAUUUCCAAAGAUAUUUUAACAGAUUAUGACUUUAAAUUUUACUUAUCGAAAUUUCUGUUCAGUGCGAAAGGUGGGAAGUUUCAAGCAAAUUUUAAUUUUGAUACAAUUUUAAAGUGUGGCGAACCGACACCGAACGUAAAGAUCUCGUGGAUUGAUUUUCAUUUUAAAAAAUUUUACCAUAGGGAUGAUUAUCUGCCAGCUAUGAAAACUAUUGAUCAAAUGGUGAAAGAAAAACAUUUUGAGGAAAGUGGUGGUGACGGAUUUGCAGAAUCAUGGUCAAGAGCUUAUGGAAAUUGGAUAACAGAUGAAAUUAUUGACAGGGAGGUUUUCAGAAAUGUAAUAUUGGCAUUAAUUUGUGUUAUGUUCUGUACUGUCGUUAUAAUUGUGGAUAUUCAAAUUUGCUUUUGGAUAUUUAUUUGUGUGCUCCUAACCUUGGUUAAUGUUGGAGGUUUCAUGCAGAUCUGGGGUUUAACAAUUGAUCUAGUGUCUUGUAUCGGACUACAGUUGGCUGUUGGACUUUGUGUUGAUUAUGCAGCUCAUGUCGGGCACACUUUUUUAGUAAAAUCUGACGAAAAUAGAAAUAAAAGAACUCUGAACACAAUUUUACAUAUAGGAGGUGCUGUUAUAUAUGGGGGUGGCUCAACACUUCUUGCACUUUUAUUACUUUCUCAAUCUGAAGCUUAUACAUUUAAAUCGUUUUUUAAAAUAUUCUUUUUAAUUAUUAUUUUUGGUCUAUUUCAUGGUGUGGUUUUCUUACCAAUUGUACUUAGUUUAAUAGGUCCUGCGCCGUAUCAAAAUACAGAUCAAGGAAAAAACGCAAAGAAGCAAGAAAAUAUUGAUGAAGUGGAAGUCAUUAGAUCAAAAGAUAUUUUAAGUUUAAAAGAAACGCCUGAAGAAUCAACGGAAAACACAAAAUUUAAUGUUAAUUAAUCACACAUUCAUCCUUUUUCUUUCAAAGUUUAGUUUUGAAUAUUUUUAGAAUUAAAAUGUGAUUUUUCAAAUAACUUGGCUUGUUUCAUAAAAAUUUUAGAUAUUAUGUACAAUGUAUUAAACAUUAUUUUAAUGUAUAUUUAUGAAUAUAAAAAAAAUAAUUGUAUAAACUAAAUCAGAAAGGUAAAAUAUUGUAGUAAAGAUUACA